GUCCUUAGCAACCCUUGUUUACAGUUUACCUUCUACACAGUUGCAGCAGAUAGCUGUUAUAUCUCUCUGUGAUACAUUUCCAUAAUACAGCCAAAAUGUCUGAUGUCGGAUCUGAAGAAAUGGAUGAGGAGCAGGGGCCAUACUUAGGCGAAUAUGAAGGCCCAAGAAAUGACAAGGAUGAAAGACAUGGCCAAGGAAAAGCAACACUGCCUAAUGGUGAUACAUACGAAGGAAUGUACGAAAAUGGGAAGCGACAUGGGCAUGGUGUUUACAGAUUCAAGAAUGGUUCCAGAUACACAGGAGAAUAUAUUAAAAACAAAAAGCAUGGAAAUGGCACAUUUAUAUACCCAGAUGGCUCAAGAUAUGAAGGAUGCUGGGUCGAUGAUCAGAGGUGUGGUUUUGGAAAAUAUUUUUAUGUGAAUGGGGACACUUAUGAAGGUGAAUGGUUAAAUCAUGUGAGACACGGACAGGGCACCUACACAUAUGCAGCAACAGGCACAAAAUAUGUUGGCACAUGGAACAGUGGCAAACGGGAAGGACAUGGCGAGUUGAUUCAUGCCAAUCACAAAUAUGUUGGAGUAUUUAAAGAUGACCGGCCAAUGGGAAAGGGAAAAUACGUGUUCGACAUUGGUUGUGAACAACACGGAGAAUACCUUGGAAUUGAACAGGAUAAGGAUGAGAAGGGUGAGGAAGAUGAGGGAGCUGUGAACAUUAUCUCCAAGUGGAAGGCAGGUCCCACAACAGGCAUACAUCUAGCAUCUGAAGAGGAUGAGUUAGAGGAUGCACAGGCUGACGCUCCCACCACGGUUACUGAUGAACCUGCAGGCCAAGAGCAAGAAGCUUCCAAAACUCCUGAGAUAAAGAUAGAUGACGCAGAGGAUAAGGCGCCAUCCCCUGUUCAGGCUGAGCCAAGCCAAGAACAGGAGGGGAACCAACAGGCUGAUGAGGCUCCGGCCACUGAUCAAGAACCAGCCAAUGAGGAUGCAGAAGGUUCUGGCAAUCAGGAGACGGAGUCGUGAUCUGAUUGGAUAAAAUAUAAAUACUGUUUACUUAUUAAUUUGCACAAAAUGAUACUUUUGAACGUUCAUGUUCAGAAAAAUAAUACAGGUGAGACUGUUUGUCUGUGAUAGUUAUAUAAAAUGGUUAUGACAUUUAUAUUUAUUACCAAAAGUUCAGCACUACAUGAAUCGAGUACAAUUCUUGGAAAAAUAUACUGUGAUAAACAUGUCUAUCUUUAUCUCAUUUUUGGAAGCAAUUGUUCAUUGUUCGAAAUGAUGUUUUAGACUCAUCUUUUACAAUAAAAUGUUCUCUUUCA